AUGAACAAGGCUGACGACAACAACUACGCCAUGUCCAAAAUGGCCGGCGAGUCAGGCGUCGACAGCGUGGAGAAAACGUCGCUGCCCGAGGUCAGCUACGAAUACCACGGCAGCGAAGGAACAUCGACCUUCCAGCGCUUCAGAAACUCGUUCAAGCGCGCAGACCAGUCGGAGUCCACGCCCGACAGCGAGUACGGCGUGGACCAGCACGAAAACAAGCUCAAACAGUCCAUCAAGCCCAGACACGUUUUCAUGAUUUCGCUGGGAACGGGUAUCGGGACCGGUAUGCUGGUGGGGAACGGUGCAGCGCUGCACAACGGUGGGCCUGCGGGGCUGACGAUCGGGUACGCGGUGAUGGGGUCGUGUCUGUACUGUAUUAUACAGGCUGCCGGGGAGCUGGCGGUCGCCUACAGCUCAUUGACCGGUAACUUCAACGCUUACCCUUCGUUUCUAGUGGAGCCCGCGUUUGGCUUCUCGGUGGCCUGGGUCUACUGCCUGCAGUGGCUCUGUGUUUUCCCCUUGGAGAUGGUGACCGCGUCGCUCACCAUCAAGUACUGGACCACAUCUGUGAAUCCAGAUAUUUUCGUCACCAUCUUCUACGUGGUCAUUAUCCUGGUCAACUUCUUCGGCGCCCGCGGGUACGCCGAGGCCGAGUUCUUCUUCAACGUUUGCAAAGUUCUGAUGAUCUCUGGGUUCUUCAUCCUGGGGAUCAUCAUCAACUGCGGCGGCGCCGGCAACAGCGGAUACAUCGGCGCGCGUUACUGGAACGACCCAGGCGCCUUCUACGGAACCAAGUCCAUCCACCACUUCAAGGGAAUCGUAUCCACCAUGGUCACCGCAGCCUUUGCCUUCGGGGCCACCGAGUUCAUCGCCCUCACUGCUGCAGAGCAGGCAAACCCAAGACGCGCCAUCCCCUCCGCCGCCAAGAAGGUGAUGUACAGAAUCCUGCUGAUUUUCUUGGCUCCAAUAGUGCUAGUAGGGUUCUUGGUGCCAUAUACCUCUGACGAACUAAUGGGCUCUGGUGGGUCCGCAACCCACGCCUCUCCAUAUGUCAUCGCCGUGGCAUCCCACGGUGUUAGAGUUGUACCACACUUCAUCAAUGCUGUUAUUUUACUGUCAGUUUUGUCGGUUGGUAAUUCCGCCUACUACUCCAGCUCCCGUCUACUGCUGUCGCUUGCCGAACAAGGUUACGCCCCUGCAAUGUUCAAAUUUAUUGAUCGUGAAGGCAGACCCUUGCUUGCUAUGCUCGUUUCCAUGGUGUUUGGUUUGAUCGCUUUUGUCGCUGCUUCGCCCAAGGAGGAAACGGUGUUCACUUGGCUACUGGCCAUUUCCGGCCUAUCCCAGCUGUUCACUUGGUGCUCUAUCUGUAUCUCACACAUUCGCUUCAGGCAAGCCCUCAAGUUCCAAGGUAGAUCCAUUGGCGAGCUGGGCUACAGGUCCCAAACUGGUGUUGCUGGUUCCUACUAUGCUACUGUGAUUAUGUUCUGCGUGUACAUCGGACAAUUUUGGGUGGCUAUCGCUCCCAUGGGCUCCUCCAAGCUAGACGCUAACAAUUUUUUCGAAAACUACCUGGCCCUCCCCAUUCUGAUUGCACUGUAUAUCGGCUACAAGGUUUGGAAAAGAGAUUGGAGGCUAUACAUCCCAGUCGAAGAAAUCGAUUUGAACAGAAGCCGUAAAGUUUUUGAAGAAGACCUGAUCAAACAGGAAGAUGCUGAGUACCGUGCGCAUGUCAGGAACCUGGGCUGGUUCCACAGAGCGUUGCAUUUCUGGUGUUGA